GGUACCACUUUAACCAAUAAAAAAUAUCACCUUCCCAAUUUUUUAAAAAACAAAACAUGGCUGCUAAGUAAAGCUUUAUAAUUUUGGUUUAGUUGAUGCUAUUUUUCAAUCCAACAAUCAAAAUUGAUUAAAUUCAUAUAUUUCUAUCAUCAAUCUAUUACAAUUUAUCAUAUCACUUAAUAAGAUGUCUACCAAACAUUUCCCAUAAAGAAAUAAACAUAGUUAUAAAAUUGCCUACAUGUAAUAUUCAGAAAUGGAUUCCGUGCAGUUGAUCGGAUCAAGAUUAGACGGCCUAAAUUUUAAGAUAAAAUUUUAAGAUCAGACGGUCUACAUGUGAUCAACUGCACUGCAGUCAAUAUAUUCUUGACUACACUGAAUUCCUGUCCGUAAUAUUCAUAUAAUUUUUUCUCAAAUUUUACUUACUUUCGGAUCGAAUUCUAGAUUACCGAAAGGAUUGGCUAAUAAUGGAUCCAUUGACUAAAGAGGAUGAGGACGUGACUUCCAUUAAAUAUAAUAAAGAGACUUUGUAUAUAGGGUUGCCAAAUAUUUCCCCCUUUGCGUCUUUUCAACCUUCCCAGCGAGCAGAGCAACCAUACUCUGUAUGAAAACGAGUACAGAUGUUCAAAACUUGCCAAGUUUCAUUCUCAGUUUCUCGCGUUGGCCUCUAUAACACUCUAUAAAUCUAAAUCUCUCUCAUUCGAUUUGGAGAAAAACGAGCAAUGGAGUGGAAUUUGCUCAAAGAUUUUGAGCUUGAACCGAAGAAUCGUUCUGUUGAAGCUCUCAGAAGAUGGAGAUCCGCCGUCACUCUUGUCAAGAACCGCCGCAGACGGUUUCGUAUGGUUGCCGAUCUUGAUAAGCGCUCUGAAGCUCAACAGAUUAAGCAGGGAAUCAAGGAAAAAAUCCGUAUUGCUCUUUAUGUUCAGAAGGCAGCAUUGCAAUUUAUUGAUGCUGGUAAUCGAGUUGAAUACAAGCUAUCAGAAGAGGCAAUAGAAGCUGGUUUUGACAUUCAUCCAAAUGAGAUCGCUUCUAUUGUUCGUAGUCAGAAUUAUAAGAACUUGAGUAAUAAUGGUGGAGUUGAAGCUGUUGCAAGGAAACUGUCGGUUUCUAUAGAUGAAGGUGUCAGCGAAGCAAGUAUAGAUUGCAGACAACAAAUCUUUGGGGCGAAUCGUUAUACAGAGAAACCUUCAAGAUCAUUCCUGAUGUUUGUAUGGGAUGCAUUGCAGGACUUAACUCUAACCAUUCUUAUGGUUUGUGCUGUAGUUUCUAUAGGUAUUGGGCUUGCCACUGAAGGGUGGCCAAAAGGAACAUAUGAUGGUGUUGGAAUCAUACUCAGUAUAUUCUUGGUAGUCACUGUUACCGCUGUCAGUGACUACAAGCAAUCCCUGCAGUUCUUGGAUUUGGACAAAGAGAAGAAAAAGAUCUUUGUUCAUGUCACUAGGGAUGGAAAAAGAAAGAAGAUCUCGAUUUAUGAUAUAGUAGUUGGUGAUAUUGUUCAUUUGUCAACUGGAGAUCAAGUACCAGCUGAUGGAAUUUAUAUAUCUGGAUACUCUUUGCUUAUCGAUGAAUCAAGUUUGUCAGGUGAGAGCGAACCUGUAUUUAUAACUGAAAAACACCCUUUCCUUCUCUCUGGCACUAAAGUGCAGGAUGGUCAGGGGAAGAUGUUAGUUACAACUGUUGGCAUGAGGACUGAAUGGGGAAAAUUGAUGGAAACUCUAAACGAGGGGGGAGAGGAUGAGACCCCGUUGCAGGUGAAAUUGAACGGAGUUGCUACUAUUAUUGGUAAAAUUGGUUUGGGUUCUGCCAUUGUGACAUUUUUGGUAUUGACUAUAAGGUUUCUUGUCGAAAAAGUACUUCAUGGUGAGAUUAGUAAUUGGUCUUCAAAUGAUGCAACGAAGCUACUGGACUUCUUUGCUAUUGCUGUAACCAUAAUAGUUGUUGCGGUUCCUGAAGGGUUACCACUGGCUGUAACACUCAGUCUUGCUUUUGCAAUGAAAAAAUUAAUGAAUGACAUGGCACUCGUGAGACAUCUUUCUGCUUGUGAGACUAUGGGUUCAGCUAGUUGCAUUUGCACAGAUAAGACAGGGACAUUGACCACUAACCAUAUGGUGGUUAACAAAAUAUGGAUAUGUGAAAAAACCACCCAGUUGAAAGGUAAUGAGAGUGCAGAUGAAUUGAAAACAAACAUUAAUGAAGGAGUUAUAAGCAUCCUUUCACAGGCUAUAUUUCAAAAUACUUCUGCUGAAGUGGUGAAGGAUAAAAAUGGAAAGAACACAAUAUUGGGAAGUCCAACAGAAUCAGCAUUAUUGGAAUUUGGCUUGCUUUUGGGUUCUGAUUUUGAUGCUCGCAACCGGAGUAAAGCUUAUAAGAUACUUAAGCUUGAGCCGUUCAAUUCAGUCCGGAAGAAGAUGUCUGUACUUGUCGGUCUCCCUGAUGGAAGGGUCCAAGCUUUCUGCAAAGGUGCAUCUGAAAUAAUAUUAAAUAUGUGUGACAAAAUUAUCGAUUGCAACGGUGAAGUCGUUGAUCUUCCUGCAGACCGUGCAAAUAAUGUCUCAGAUGUUAUAAAUAGCUUCGCUUCUGAAGCUUUAAGAACUCUGUGCUUAGCAGUCAAAGAUAUAAAUGAAACUCAAGGAGAAACUAAUAUUCCUGAUAGUGGUUAUACUCUAAUAGCUUUAGUUGGAAUCAAGGAUCCUGUACGCCCUGGGGUUAAGGAAGCUGUUCAAACUUGUAUUGCAGCUGGAAUAACCGUCCGCAUGGUCACUGGUGACAACAUAAAUACAGCGAAAGCUAUAGCUAAAGAAUGUGGCAUACUUACUGAUGAUGGUGUUGCCAUAGAGGGACCAAGUUUUCGUGAAUUGUCCGAUGAGCAAAUGAAGGAUAUCAUACCAAGAAUCCAGGUCAUGGCACGAUCCUUACCGCUCGACAAGCAUAAGUUAGUGACCAAUUUGAGGAAUAUGUUUGGUGAGGUUGUUGCUGUUACCGGUGAUGGAACAAAUGAUGCUCCUGCAUUGCAUGAGUCAGACAUUGGACUUGCCAUGGGCAUAGCUGGAACCGAGGUUGCAAAAGAAAAGGCUGAUGUGAUUAUAAUGGAUGAUAAUUUCGCGACUAUUGUCAAUGUGGUGAAAUGGGGACGGGCAGUAUAUAUAAACAUUCAAAAAUUUGUGCAGUUUCAAUUAACAGUUAAUGUUGUUGCACUUAUUAUCAACUUCGUCUCUGCAUGCAUCACCGGGUCUGCACCACUCACAGCUGUUCAGUUACUUUGGGUCAACUUGAUUAUGGACACCCUAGGGGCAUUAGCCCUUGCUACUGAACCUCCCAACGAUGGACUUUUGAAAAGGCCUCCUGUUGGAAGGGGAGCGAGCUUUAUCACCAAAACUAUGUGGCGGAAUAUCAUUGGUCAAAGUAUUUAUCAAUUGAUUGUACUCGCAAUUCUAAAUUUUGAGGGGAAGAGGCUACUCGGAAUUUAUGGUUCAGAUGCAACUGAAGUGCUCAACACUUUGAUAUUCAAUUCCUUCGUAUUUUGCCAGGUGUUUAAUGAGAUAAACAGCAGAGAUAUGGAAAAGAUAAACAUAUUCAAAGGCAUGUUUGACAGCUGGAUAUUUUUGAUGAUAAUUUUUGCCACUGUUGCAUUUCAAGUUGUAAUAGUUGAAUUCCUUGGAGCAUUUGCCAGCACUGUGCCUCUAAACUGGCAAUUCUGGUUACUCAGUGUUUUAAUUGGAGCAAUUAGCAUGCCUAUAGCUGUUAUCCUGAAAUGCAUCCCAGUUGAAACAAAAAAUACUAGUAAUCAAAACCAUGAUGGUUAUGAGGCUCUUCCAUCUGGUCCAGAGUUAGCAUAAAAUAUGGGCACAACUUUUUCCAUCCUUCGCAUUUCUAAUUCCAUCCUUCGCAUUUCUAAGAAACUGCACAGGAUUCGGAAAAUACACUUUCGGACAGAAAAAAUUGUUUUUGACGGAAAAUACACAUCCGGCCGGACAACAACAGAACUGUAUUAUUAUUAUUAUUAUUAUUUUUUCUGGAUGUGUACAUUCAAAGUACAUUUGGGUGGGAAAUGUUCUUUAAAAUAUUACAAGGGUACUGAAUAUUUUUGUUCUUAUCUAAUUCAAUUGUUUUUAGAUUUGAAUUAAAUUUGAACAUUGACAAGAAUGUCUAUCCAAGCUACUUUGAUUUGGCUUGUAAUACAAAGAUAUCAACACGUGCAACAUUGAUAAAGUAGGGGUCUCUAGAAACAUUAUUGUUGAUAA